UUAAAUUGGCAAUGGAGAGAGAGUAGAGAGACGACGAAGAACAAGGAUAUAGAGAGAGAGACAUUCUAGGCUUGAGAGAGAAAUUGAAAACCCUAAAUCAAAUUUGGUCUCCUCUCUUUCCAUUUCCCAAGUAACAACAGUGAAUUGCCACUAAUCACCACAUUUCUGCCUAUACAUACACCAUUUUCUGUGCUUAUAGGUUUAGAUUUUCCUGUGUCGAAGGCUUAAUUGUGACCGCGAUCAUCACUCGGACGAGCAUCCACUCAUAAUCAAGGAGGAGUCCAUCUGAUUGAAGCAUUUCGCACAUCCGAUUUCGCUCGAUUUUUUCCGGAUCCAGCCAAAUUUUGUUGCUGGCUGGGGUCGAUUUUCAGAUUAGAUCUGCCGCUGUUUGAUUUAUUCGGAUGGACGAUCUGGAUGUGCUCGCCCGCGAUUUUGGGCUGGGGGCUCGCGGGAAAUCCAAUCCGAUGAGGUCUACUGCGCCGGAUCGUCGAUCAAUAGACGAUCCGUUUAUCGGCAACGUAUUCGGUGGUCAGCCAAAGUACGCGUCCAGCUCAAACUUCGGCAGCAUUAACAAUCAGGGAGAUUUCGAUUAUGAUUCAAUUUUCAAAUCAUCUGCUGCGACUGAACCAUUGAAAAAUAGUAAUAGCAAUGUAUCGUCGAUGCCGGUGUAUGAUAAGCCGGUAUACGACGACGAUAUAUUUGAUGGGCUGCCCGGGUUGAAGAGCAAAUCCCCGGCUCCUUCCGUGAAGUUUGACGAUGACGUGUUUGUGGCCAUGUCGUCGCCUUCAACGGGCAAUAGUCGAAAUAGGGAAUAUGAUGAUUUGUUGGGGAAUUUGGGGAGGAAGGAAAAAGUGGCGGAGGAAAACAUUAGUAGUGGUGCUAAAAGCAGCUCAAGUUCGAAGGGCUAUGAUGAUUUCUUAGCCGGGUUUGGGAGUAGCAAUUCCUCUGUUAGAGACAGACCAGUACCAGAGUCAAGGUGGGGUUCUAUGCCAACUUCUGGCUCGAAAAAUGGCCUAGAUGAUCCUUUUGUAGUUCUGGAGUCAAGUUCGACACCACAGUCAUCAUCCACAGUAUCUAAAGAUCCUCUGGAAGAAUUUAGUAACCUUAGUAAAUCUAGGAGCUCGAGGGCUGAAGUUUCAUCUGGUAGUCGAGGAGCAUUUGAUGACUUAGAUUCCUUCAGCACAUUUGCAAAAUCUGCAUCACUUUCCACUGGAAGGGAUAAAAGAGAGAAGGAUGGGAGUCCUUCUCGAUCUGAAACACCCGAACCUGCUACUGCCAGAGAACCGAUGGACAAUUCUUAUUUUGGAUAUUCGGAGAGCAAUAACAUGAACAGGGUUCCUGUAGAUGAGGAACCUCCCCUGUUUGACGUGCCAAAUGUUUCUACAGGUUUUCAGAAAUCUUCUGGGCAAACUUCUUCUCCUCCCCAAUAUUAUGAAACUGUCUCAGAGGUCGAUAUGACUCCUACAACAGGACAAGGAAAUAGGCCUGAUGAAGUAUGGCUGACUGUAUCAGAGAUUCCUCUUUUUACACAACCCACUGCAGCUCCACCACCAUCACGACCUCCUCCACCCAUACCUCGACAAGCUUCAAUGUCAGAAACAGGUUCCUUUUCUUCCAGUUCUCGAAAGAAGGGUGAUGAGUUUUUAUCAUCAUCAAAUUAUAAUCAACACUCCCAAACCAGGCCUUCAGCCAAGGGCCCUCCUGUUUCACAGUUUGAUGAGCUUGAGGACUUUGCCAAGGGUAGGUCACAUAACAGUGUUGAUGAAAGUGCCAAUCUUCAUCACAGUACAGAGACCAAUGAUUUCUCUACAGCUGAUGCAUCUGCUGCUGCUAUGAAGGAUGCUAUGGACAAAGCAGAGGCUAAAUUCAGACAUGCUAAGGAAGUCCGUGAAAGAGAAUAUGCAAAAGCUGCUAGAAAUAGAGAACCUGGGCCAAUUGAAAAUGAUGAACAAGACAGGCAGGAGGAAUUUAAGGAAAGCCAGGAGAGAUUAGAACGUGAGAGGAGACAGAAAGAAGAGGAAGAAAGGGAGCAAAGGAGACUUGAAAGGGAGAGAUUAAGAGAGACUGAGAGGGAGAAGGCUAGACAAGCUGUAGAAAGAGCUACAAGGGAAGCUCGUGAAAGAGCAGCUGCUGAGGCACGUGAAAGAGCGACUGCUGAAGCUCGAUUAAAAUCUGAAAGGGCUGCUGUUGAGAAGGCAAAUGCUGAAGCCCGAGGACGUGCGGAAAGAGCAGCAGUUCAGAGGGCACAAGCUGAAGCCCGCGAAAGAGCUGCAGCAGAAGCUAAAGGAAGGGCGGAGAAGGCUGCUGCAGAAGCUAGGGAACGGGCUGCUGCAGAAGCAAAGGAGAAAGAAGCGCGGGAAAAAUCUGCAGCGGCAAGGGCAGAAGCAGAAGCAAGGCGCCGAGCUGAACGAGCUGCUGUUGAAAGGGCUGCAGCUGAGGCUCGGGAGAGAGCUGCUGCAGAAGCUCGAGAAAGGGCAGCCUCAGCUGCAAAGAUGAAUCAACAAAAGAACGACAACGAUUUGGAAUCAUUUUUCAGCAUGGGUCGAGCAAGCAGUGCACCAAGAGCAAGAUCAAGCUCAACCGAUCCUUUCUUUGAUCAACAAUUUCCGGGCAAGGGUGAAUCAGAAGCUGCAAGGAGGACACCAUCAUCAACUGGAGCCUCGUCUAACUUAAAGAAAGCUUCUUCCACGACCAACUUUGUUGAUGACCUAUCUUCUAUUUUUGGAGCAGCUCCGGCAUCUGGAGAAUUUCCGGAAGUUGAAGGAGAAAAUGAAGAGAGAAGAAGAGCCAGAAUGGAGCGCCAUCAACGCACUCAAGAGAGAGCUGCCAAAGCAUUGGCUGAAAAGAAUCAACGGGACCUUCAAGCUCAGAGGGAACAAGAAGAAAGACAUAGGAUUGCCGAGACAUUAGAUUUUGAAAUCAAGCGCUGGGCAGCUGGCAAGGAAACAAAUUUGCGUGCGCUGCUAUCAACAUUGCAAUAUGUGCUUUGGCCUGAAUGUGGCUGGCAGCCUGUGUCGUUGACAGACUUGAUCACUGGUGCCUCCGUUAAAAAGGUUUAUAGGAAAGCCACUCUUUGCAUUCAUCCUGACAAGGUUCAGCAAAAGGGUGCCACUCUCCAACAGAAAUACAUUGCUGAAAAGGUGUUUGACCUGUUGAAGGAAGCAUGGAAUAAAUUCAACUCAGAGGAGCUCUUCUAAGUACUGCUACAAAUUCUUGUACUCACUCACUCACUCAUCUACCUCUUGACCUUGCCAUUCGAAGGAUGUGAUUCUCUCCCCGGUCUCAACCUACAGGUGCGUUGAUGCACCCAAAUUUUUGUCCCUUCUUUUGCUUGUUGCAAACUGCUGAUUGAGAAAAAGAGACCUCCAUGCUGCUGGUAUGCUCGAAUGGCUUGUACAUGUACGCUCGAUGUAUAUUGAUGUCAACGUCGAAGACCCAAGCAAAAGUGAAAUGAUUGCUUGGUAUAGAAAUAGCAUUGUUUUUCAGUAUCUUGUGCUGCUGUGGAACAAUUUCAAUCACCUUUGGUUGUUAUCCAUCUUUUGCCUUUUUUUUUCUUCCCCCCUGAUUUCUUUAUCUAUUCAUUUGCAUUAUUAUGGCUGAGGUGUUCAGUACUCAGAAUAUUCUUGAAUUCUCCCUGUAUUAUUGUUGAGUUGAGAUUUAUCUGAAGGCGCGCAUAAUUUUUUUUUGUUUUUGUUUGAUUUGUUUGAAUAUAUUAUCAGUUGAGAAUUUA